AAGGUAGGCAGUCGUGUGCCAAGACGGCCCGGAGAUCCUCCUGCGGCGCCCAGGGAAUCUCCGCUACCCGCUUUUAUUUUUUCCCCGUCGCUUCGGGCUGCUUGCUUUCCUCCGCCUGGUUUCCGAUCGCGGCGGUUCUUCGGCUCCUUUCCGCUGCUCAAGCCACACUGAGGCCUCCUCGGUGGGCUGCGGGCCGGACCCGCGAGAGAGGAAAGGACUGGCGACUUAACCGGGUCGCUGCUGACCGGGAGCCCACGGCAGACUGCCGCCGUAGUCCAGGAAGACAAGCAGAGAUCGGCGGUGGGAGGAGAAAACACGAAACGUAACCAGGCCCUCUGGCUCCUCGAAGAACGCCGCUGCUGACGACAGCGGCGAGGCGAGCUUUGCAUAGGGGAAGGGAGGUUUCGCUUCCAGCCGUGGCAGCCGCCAAGGUCCCUUUGCUCCUGACGAGAAGGGGAGGGGAGAGCCAAUCGGUCCGCCGGUCGGCAGCCGCCUCCGCACCUGUUUCGGAGACCCCGCCCUGCGGCUGCCCAGAGGCACCCGCCCGCUCGGAGGAGGAAGAGGAGGAGGGGGGGCGACCACGACAACAACGGGGGAGUGUGGGUGCUGCCGGCGCCGAGCACCUGGCUCUGCCGCCGCCACCCCCCCCCCCAGAACCCCCGCUCCUCGUCUCUCGCCUUCCUUAGUCGGCCGCCCCUCGGGACUGCGAGUGGCGGGAAGAGCGGGGGCUCUGCGUGGCGAGUAGGAACCACAAGCAAGGGCCGGGUCAAGGAGCGGGUGGAGCCGGGGCUCGCUUCGGCGAAAAAGCCCCCUUCAAAGCCGUCGCUGUCUGGCACGGUGCCCGGAGCUUUCUUUUCCUUUUGCCUUCCCGUUUGUAGCCAGGAGUGAAAACUCAAAACUCUGUGCCGAAAACCCCGGUUGGCCGAAGAGGAGCUGUGGCGUGGGCGGCAGGAUGAAUCCCAAUGUCACCUACGCCAGCCGCAAGCGGCGGAAACCCGUGCAGAAGAUAAUAAAACCUUCCCCUCCUGAAGGAGUGAAGUCAAAUCCAUCGAAAAGGCAUAGAGAUCGAUUGAAUGCUGAGCUGGAUCGUCUGGCUGGUCUUCUGCCAUUCCCUCAGGAUGUUAUUGCCAAAUUGGAUAAACUGUCUGUACUUAGACUGAGUGUGAGUUACCUGAGAGCCAAAAGUUUCUUUGAUGUUACAUUGAAGUCAAGAAGUUCAGCAAAGCCUGAAAGAAACAGCAUGCAGGACAGCAACAACAGCACCGUGCAGACCAGAGGGAGAAUGAAUAUGCUAGAAGGUGAACUUUUGCUGCAGGCAUUAAAUGGCUUUGUGCUAGUGGUCACAUCAGAUGCCCACAUAUUUUAUGUGUCUUCUACAAUCCAGGAUUAUUUGGGUUUCCAGCAGUCUGACAUUAUACACCAGUGUGUGUUUGAAUUAAUUCACACAGAAGAUAGACCAGAAUUCCAGCGUCAGAUUCACUGGGCUCUUAAUCCUAUACAGUCCACAGAUUCUGGACAGAUAAUGCAAGGAGAUAAUGGCUUUCAACAAAUAGCAACAUAUUACAACCCUGACCAGCUUCCCCCAGAGAAUUCGUCCUUCAUGGAGCGAAAUUUCAUUUGUAGGUUACGCUGUCUCUUGGAUAAUUCAUCUGGAUUUUUGGCUAUGAAUUUUCAAGGGCGAUUGAAGUUUCUUCAUGGUCAGAACAAGAAAGGGAAAGAUGGAACUGUCAUAUCGCCCCAGUUGGCUUUGUUUGCAGUGGCUACUCCACUUCAGCCACCUUCCAUUCUUGAAAUUCGUACAAAGAAUUUUAUUUUCAGAACCAAACAUAAGCUAGAUUUCACACCAAUUGGCUGUGAUGCAAAGGGAAGAAUUGUGCUGGGUUAUACUGAGGCAGAACUUUGCAUGAGAGGAACAGGAUACCAGUUUAUCCAUGCAGCCGAUAUGCUUUAUUGUGCUGAGAACCAUGUCAGAAUGAUAAAAACUGGAGAGAGUGGUAUGACAGUGUUUAGACUUCUUACCAAGGAAAAUCGAUGGGCCUGGGUUCAAGCGAAUGCUCGCCUAGUUUAUAAAAAUGGAAGACCAGAUUACAUCAUUGCCACACAGAGACCUCUUACAGAUGAAGAGGGGGCAGAGCAUUUACGAAAGCGCAAUAUGAAACUGCCUUUCAUGUUUGCUACAGGUGAGGCUGUAUUGUAUGAAGUAGCAUUUCCUCAGCCUGGUAUAAUGGAUUCAUCUCAGACAAAGGUUAAAAGUGGUAUUGGAAAAGGAGCUGCUUCCAAGGUUGCACUGUGCAAAGAAUCUGUUGAUCCCAAUUCACUUUUGGGAGCAAUGUUGCAGCAGGAUGAAUCAGUUUAUCUUUGCCCACCUGCUUCAAAUAAAAUCUCUCUUGAGAGGGACUUUUUUGCAGACACUAGAGGUGAAUUGAGCAGCAUGAUGGCCAGAAAUUGGCAGGAUGGUCUUUUAUCAGUAGGGAAUAAUAGCAUCCUCAAACAAGAGCUGACUGACUGUCCUCAAGAUAGUAACUUGAUGGUCCCUGAAGAAAAUGUAGGGCUUUUUCAGGAUAACAAAAACUGUGAAUUGUUCAGUAUCAUGAAUAUGCUCGAGUCUGACUUUAAUGGUAUAGACUUUAAUUUUCAGCAGGACGAUGAGUUUUUUAAGAAUGAUUUUGCUGGUGUGGAUGACAUUAGAGAUGGUGAUAUAACUGAUGAAAUCUUGACCUAUGUUCAGGAGUCUUUAAAUAAGACAGAUGUCUUGUAUUCAAGUUGCCAGCAGCAGGAGCCCAUUUUUCAGAAUUCUGCUUGUUUAAUGCAGCAGCAAAUAGAUCAACAGCAGAUAUCAACAAUGAUGGAACAGCAGUUGCCACAGCAACAGCAACUGUGCCAGAAGAUGAAGCACAUGCAGGUAAAUGGAAUGUUCGCAGACUGGAACUCUCUCAACAGCACAACUCUUAAUCCUUCUGAACAGCAGAUACAACCAUUUGACUUUUCUGAAAUACAAGAAAUAACUCAGGAGUUCCCUUACAAAUCUGAAGACAGUACAGCAUCAUAUGCCUGUAGAGAGGAAUAUACCCCUUACAAGCAACCUACCAGCAUGAUGUCACAAUUCCCAGAUUUUACAGAGGUAGACUUUUUCACUGAAAACUUUAAUCUGUCUACUUUUCCAAGUUCUUCUGAUUUAGAUUUUCUCAGCUGUUUUCAAGUCCCUGAAAGUCAGUCCUGUGAGCAGAACUCUCAGCAAGUUACAGAAACUUCGGAGGCAUGCUAUGCUGGUGCUUUGUCAAUGUAUCAGUGUGUGUCCGAAGCCCAGGCAAACGGGUCAGAGCAAAUGCAGUAUGAUCCUGUAUUAUUGGAACAACAGCCAUCAAACAAGUUUCAGAAUAUAUUUGCUGAAGAAAACUUGCAUGAUGAUUAUCUGCAGCAAUUAGAUGCUGUCAGCACUCAAUCUGGGACACAUCUUCAGCCACUUCGUCAUUCAACAGAAUCCAGAUCAUUCUCAGAUUUAGCAUCUAACGGUUUUGUGUAGUUCAGCAGCAAAGUCUUGCAGAGAGUUUGAACAAGAUUCUUAAGUGGAGAAUGAAAAUCAGACGUUGCACUUAAUAUGCAUGCAUAUAGAAUACAUCAUUCAAAACUUGAUAUUUAUAUGUGGAAGUUGGAGCUACCCUGUUUCCCCCAAAAUAAGACAUCCCCUGAUAAUAAGCCGAAUCGGGCUUUUGAGCUCAUGACAAUAAGGCCAAGUGCUUAUUUCAGGGUUCAAAAAAAUAUAAGACAGGGUCUUAUUUUCGGAGAAACACGGUAUUUCUAUAGCCUAAAAGUGUGCACAUGUCAGUGAGAGUAUGCACCAUUGUAAUAUAAUUGCUGCAUCACACUUAGAGCAUAAGAUAAGGCAAAUGGUUUUAUUGUUUUAAAAAUAAAAUGGAUACUCUGAGAAUCUUAUUUGGAAUAGCAUAAAAAUUUCAUACAUUACUUCAAGCUUUUUUGAACCUGGUGUUCUAGUCAGAAGAGCAAGUAAAGCAUAUAGUUUAAUUGCAUACUUGCUUAUGAUUUUCCAUUUCUUCUUUUAUUUUAUACUUCAGGUUCUAGCACUUUAAUAGAAAGUUUGAUAGAAAAAAAUGAAAUGCAGUUUUAGGUUUUGUACAACAAAUUUCAUUGCAUUACUUCUUUACAGUUAGCCCAAGUGCCUCACAAAGUAGCUUCAUUAUCUUCAAAAGGCACUUGUAGGAAAGGAGAAGUUAGUCAUUAUGAAAACCAGUAGCCUGCAUUUUAUGGCUGUUCUUUUGUUGCUAUGGUUUGUUUGAAAGCGAAGGAUAUUACUUUAGAUUUCUAUUUCUACUAAGUAUAAUUCUGCUUUUUUAGGGCUUCAGGUAAGAGGUUAAGAUUUUUUAUUUUAUGUUCAGUUGCUUUUUUUGCAUUCUUCAGGUAGAACAGGGUAAAACAGGCAUCUUGUAGGAGUAUUCAUCUCCUAGAAAUUGUUUUUGAAUUUCAUAUAUUACAGAAAAAAAACAUGUGCCUUAUCUUGUGUUGCAAUGCUUACUCAGAAGUCUUUUUUUUUAAAGCAUAACCCUGUUCUAUGCAAAUAAUUCAAUUAAAAUUGUUAUUGAAUGGUUAAUUUUUUAAAAAAUAGCAUAAAUAGCAGUAGUAAAUACUACUAACUUUUACUUUAGCUAACAUUUCUACACCAAGUCACAUAUUGAUCGGCUGCUGUUUCCUUCCUUCUGUUUCAGUGGGAAAAGAGUCCACUGACAUUAAACAUCCCUGAUGAUUGCACUCUGAAAGAAAAAGCUCUUUCUAUUUUGCAAAUUCACUUUAAAUAUCUUUGUUCACCUGAUAAAAUUUAAAAUUUAUUUUAAUUCAAAUUUAGAAAGAAAAUAUCCUUACAAGAGAAAGGAUACUUUAAAUUGUGUUUUAAAAUGUAAAGAAAAAUCCCUAGUAUUAGGGAUUUUUUAAACCUGAAGAUUUUUUAGUAAUGUAAGCACCAAUGUUUGGUGUUUUGUAGUAGUUUAAGUGAGGGCAAGAAAUAUACAUGUACAGGCAAAUGAAUGCCAAUAUAUGAUGUGUAGUUAACAUAUAAUAAGUUCCAUUUAUAACAUUAUAAAAUACUUUAAAGAAGUUAAUUUUAAAUUGUUAUCAAUACACAUAACAUAUAUUGCAUAACUAUAUCACAAAUUACAAGAUAGUAUUGGUUGAUUUUUUUUUUUUUUAUGAAAAUACUGCCUCAGGAGUAUGUUCAGAUUUUUGUUGAAAUAACUUUCAGUCAAAUUUAAUGAAAAGAAUACAAGGAAUGUUUUGUAGGGCAUGACUAGGUGACUUGGUUUCAAGUGAUUCAAAUGAGUUACAUUUUUAAAAAAAUGCUCCCCAAGUUUUGUAAUACUGAUCUAGCAAAGAUUGUUAAGUAAUUUGUAAAACUUUUGAGUUUAACAACUAGCACAACUUUUAAACAGCUUUAAAAAGUACUUCUUAAUUGCAUACUACAAUCAAAUAACAUUCAUAAAUAAACAUGAUUUUUGAUCCAUAUUGUCUCAUAAGGCACUAGAAGUUUUGCUCUGCCCAUCCUCUAAAUUUAUUAGUUCGGUAAUAACUUAAUUAUUUCUGAAAAUUUCAUAUGGUCUUGUUUCUAAAUAAUUUCUGUUGCUUUUAAAAAAAAUGUGUAUGAUUACUAUUACCAUUACAUUACCAUUCUGAUGUUAACAAUCAGAAAACCUACUUUAAAAAGUCAAGGUUCAAAGGGAUAGCAUACUUUUUAUAUAAAAAGAAAAAUGUGGGGAAAGCCACAACAAAAAAAUUCUAUGUAUCAUUUCACUGCUAUGCCAAAUAUUAUCCAAUCACGUAAGUGCCAAGGUUGCAAUACAAACUGUGUGCUGCCUUAUUGUAAGUUAGUUUAUGUUAUGCAUAAUAUCAGCUGGUUUUUUUUUCAUUAGGUUGUGCCUAUAUACAACAAACCUGUGUAUUGGUGUUGCACUUUUGAUCUACAUCAUACUCUUAAAAGCAAUGAAAUUCUAACUUCAUCCCUUGAAAACUUACCUGUCUUCCCCUCAUUCCAAAGAAAUUAUUGCCUAGUUUUAAUCAGUAUUAGUGCACCCUUUUGUAGUUUAUGUCUUGACUUUUUCUCUUUCCCUUCAUUCCCCAUUCCCCUUUUGUCUAUGUUUUAUGUUAUACAAUUAAUUUCUUCUCUGUAAGGUUAUAAUUUUGUAGUGCUUUUGAUAAGCUUCAGUAAAACUUGUAAAGCUUAAUAUAUGGUAAUAAAAUAUGUCCUGAA